AUCUCAGUGAGCCCGAAACUCUCACAGCCCAAAACUGCAAGAAGCUCCUCUGCCCGGCCUUUCUUUACUCCUCCUGUCUGCCCCUCAGCUCGCUCAUCUUUCUUCCCGUCCCCUCUCUCUUCCCUCUUUGGUUCUUUGAAGUGAUGAGCUCGCUCAACCACAAACCCAACACAAUCCAUAACAUUUCUCUUGUAGAAAAACCCGUGCCUCGAAUGAGGCCAGACUCAGCGAGGACCCACGCGCGGGGUGGAACCCUCCAAUUCCUUCCUCUCGCCUCCGAAUGAGCAGCGCACCAGGCCGAACUGCCCGCGCCCAGGCUCCCUGGUUCGGCCGGGAUGCGGCCGGUGCCCGCUCGCCGCCGGGAACAACCUCCCCACUCUUCCUGCUGGGAGCGGGUGCCAGCCGACAGCCGCGCCAGGGCCUCUCCGGGUGCCAGGGUCGGAUCGGGUGACGUAGCGAGUUUGCGCCUGGCAGCCAAGCCGGCCUCCAGGCUGAAGAAGGACACGCCCCGGCCCUGACCCGCGCCCCGCCCCUCCGGCCAGGGCGCAGAACCCCGGCCCUAGCUGCUCACCCCUACUCGCCGGCACUCGCCCCGCUCGCCCGCUUUCGCACCCAGUUCACGCGCCACAGCUAUGUGUCCCCGAGCCGCGCGGGCGCCCGCGACGCUACUCCUCGCCGUCGGCGCGCUGCUGUGGUCUGCGGCCGGCGCCUGGGAGCUCACGAUUCUGCACACCAACGACGUGCACAGCCGGCUGGAGCAGACCAGCGAGGACUCCAGCAAGUGCGUCAACGCCAGCCGCUGCAUGGGUGGUGUGGCUCGGCUCUUCACGAAGGUGCAGCAGAUCCGACGCGCCGAACCCAACGUGCUGCUGCUGGACGCCGGCGACCAGUACCAGGGCACCAUCUGGUUCACCGUGUACAAGGGUGCCGAGGUGGCGCACUUCAUGAACGCCCUGCGCUACGAUGCCAUGGCACUGGGAAAUCAUGAAUUUGAUAAUGGUGUAGAAGGACUGAUUGAGCCACUCCUCAAAGAGGCCAAAUUUCCAAUUCUGAGUGCAAACAUUAAAGCAAAGGGGCCACUAGCAUCUCAAAUAUCAGGACUUUAUUUGCCAUAUAAAGUUCUUCCUGUUGGUGAUGAAGUUGUGGGAAUCGUUGGAUACACUUCCAAAGAAACCCCUUUUCUCUCAAAUCCAGGAACAAAUUUAGUGUUUGAAGAUGAAAUCACUGCAUUACAACCUGAAGUAGAUAAGUUAAAAACUCUAAAUGUGAACAAAAUUAUUGCACUGGGACAUUCGGGUUUUGAAACGGAUAAACUCAUCGCUCAGAAAGUGAGGGGUGUGGACGUCGUGGUGGGAGGACACUCCAACACAUUUCUUUACACAGGCAAUCCACCUUCCAAAGAGGUGCCUGCUGGGAAGUACCCAUUCAUAGUCACUUCUGAUGAUGGGCGGAAGGUUCCUGUAGUCCAGGCCUAUGCUUUUGGCAAAUACCUAGGCUAUCUGAAGAUCGAGUUUGAUGAAAGAGGAAACGUCAUCUCUUCCCAUGGAAAUCCCAUUCUUCUAAACAGCAGCAUUCCUGAAGAUCCAAGCAUAAAAGCAGACAUUAACAAAUGGAGAAUAAAAUUGGACAAUUAUUCUACCCAGGAAUUGGGGAAAACAAUUGUCUAUCUGGAUGGCUCCUCUCAAUCGUGCCGCUUUAGAGAAUGCAACAUGGGCAACCUGAUUUGUGAUGCUAUGAUUAACAACAAUCUCAGACACGCUGAUGAAAUGUUCUGGAACCAUGUAUCCAUGUGCAUUUUAAAUGGAGGUGGUAUCCGGUCGCCCAUUGAUGAGCGCAACAAUGGCACAAUUACCUGGGAGAACCUGGCUGCUGUAUUGCCCUUUGGAGGUACAUUUGACCUGGUCCAGUUAAAAGGUUCCACCCUGAAGAAGGCCUUUGAGCACAGCGUGCACCGCUAUGGCCAGUCCACUGGAGAGUUCCUGCAGGUGGGCGGAAUCCAUGUGGUAUAUGAUCUUUCCCGAAAACCUGGAGACAGGGUAGUCAAAUUAGAUGUUCUUUGCACCAAGUGUCGAGUGCCCAGUUAUGACCCUCUCAAAAUGGAUGAGAUAUAUAAGGUGAUCCUCCCAAACUUCCUGGCCAAUGGUGGAGAUGGAUUCCAGAUGAUAAAAGAUGAAUUAUUAAGACAUGACUCUGGUGAUCAAGAUAUCAAUGUGGUUUCUACAUAUAUCUCAAAAAUGAAAGUAAUUUAUCCAGCAGUUGAAGGUCGGAUCAAGUUUUCCACAGGAAGUCAUUGCCAUGGAAGCUUUUCUUUAAUAUUUCUUUCAUUUUGUGCAGUGAUCUUUGUUUUAUACCAAUAGCCAAAAAUUCUCCUUGCCUUUAAUGUGUGAAACUGCAUUUUUUCAAGUGAGAUUCAAAUCUGCCUUUUAGGACCUGGCUUUGUGACAGCAAAAACCAUCUUUACAGGCUCCUAGAAGCUGAAGGUUAGAGCAUUAUAAAAUGAACAGACUGACAUGAUUACUCAGGGUCAGCAACCUAGUGAGUUAGAAAAAAAAUUAACAUAGGGCCCUAUAAGGAGAAAGCCAACUAUAUUUAGUUUAUAUGUCCAAAUUUUAAUAAAAUUGUACUAACAAUUUUAAACCAUAUUUUUCUUCCUCAGAUCCACUUCUAAUCCAUCAAAAAGCUUAUGUUUACAUAAAAUUUUAUCAUUCACAAGGAGUUUUAAGUACAUUGUCUCAUUUGAUAUCCACAACUUGCUUUUGGUAGGAAAGAGAUGUUUUUCCCACUUACCAGAUGAAAAAACUGAAGCUCAGAAAGGGUUGACUUGGCCAUACAGCUAAUGCUGACAGAUCCAAGACCUAAACCUAGGUCUUUUGAACUCAAGUCCAGCACUCUCAACUAUAUCAAGUUACUGUUCAGAAUGAUACUUAAUAUCUCCUCUCUUCAUAAUUAUCAAUAGCCCCAAGCUCAUGGAUGACAAAUUUCUGCUUUAUUUCUUGUGUCUAUUUUUUCACUGUUUAGCUCCUGUUAUAAUAGCAAGUUUAAUAAUAUAAACACAGGAUACCAUUCUGUCUUGCAACACCCAUGUGCCUUUGAUGAGUCAGGUAGCAAGCUGUAGUAGAUAAUGAGAAAGGCCAGAGGCUGCAAAAGACAGUCAAAGGACGGGGAGAAAGGAAAGGGAAGAAUAGGACACCAGGACUUGUUUAUAUUAUAAAAGAGCAAGAGAUAAAGAGCAUUUACAUGUUAAACAGGUAUUUUGUUAAGCAAAGUGCCCGAUGCAUGGCAUUAACUGUUAUUUUAUGAGAUUCUAUCAGCUCUGCCUCUGUCCCCUUUCUUCUUCCUAACAUGAAGGUAUCAUGAGAAGAACCUUCUAAGAUAAGCUGUAAUUCUAAACCUACACCUUUCCCUCUCCAGCAAGAUGCCAGCACUGCACUCAUUCUAUUCAUACCACACACACCUAGUUAUGGAAUGUCCAGAGUUCUCGAAGACAUGACUUUAGGAAGAGGUAUACAUUUUUGAAGUCACUCUGUCUCCAAAUCUGAACAGUCACUGUAAAUCAUUCUUAAGUCCAGAUAUGAGAACUCCUCUGAGUGGGUGGUCAGCAAAUACCCAUGCUGAUGAAAUGACUUAGGCCCAAAGAACAAAUACUUAAGAUGGGAGUGGAACAAUAUGAGCCUGCUCAGCUCUGCAUUAAGUAAUUCAAGAAACGGGAAGCUUCACCUUAAAGUGUGCAAAUGGCAGCUAGAGGUUUGGAUAGGGAGUAUGUUUGUUUCUUAGUGUUUACAAAUAUUAAGUACUUUUGAUACAAAACAUACUUUUAAACCUCAUAAUCUUUUUAUAAAAGUUGUUGCAGUAAAAUAAUAGCCUCAGUUCUAUGCAUAUAUGGAUUAGCUAUAAAAAUGUCAGUAAGAUUGUACAAGGAAAAUUAGAGAAAGGUACAUUUAGGGUUUACUUUUUAUGCUUGGCCAGUAAAAAAAGGUAAAUCUUAUCAGAAUUUUUUAAAUAACUUUUUUUAAGUUCCCUAAAUGUGUGUGUGUAUUGUGCAGUGGUAUAAGAAAUGACUUUGAACCACUUUGCAAUUGUAGAUUCCCAACAAUAAAACUGAAGAUAUGCUCUUUA